GGUGCGUAGUUUUGAAUUGACAUAGCAUUUGUACUACUACUACUACUACGUAUAGGAAGAGGAAGAACACGGCCAACCAACUAGCAAAAGGAACGGCGCUGGGGAGGAGAAAAAAGAAAGGGAAAACGCUGUUCCUUCUGCGUGCGUCGGCGCAUGCUUAGCCGCAUAACAUACAACACAGCUUUCUUUUUUGCCGCGAUAGAGAUCAAAAGAAGAAGCCGCAGAAGCACAACAUAGUCUUCUUGGGCUUCCGCCUCUUUUCGCUCGUGCUCUGAAUGUCAAAGAAGGACAAGAAAAGGCGAACUGCUUCCGCAUCCCAUAUUGAUUUCACACAAACGAGGAUCUGAGCACGUUGGAGAAAGAAGAAGAGGAGAGAAUCGAAGGCGUUUAUUCUCAGCAUUGCUUCCUUGUUUUAUACACAACACAAGCACACAUUUUUCCCGACGCUCAAUUUUGUCCCUUUUCCGCUGUUGCCUUUUCAGCCUGCUUCGGCUUUGUGUUUGCAUUGACAGCCCUCACGUCUGCCGUCUCUUUUUUUCUCUUUUUACUUCUUUCCUCUUUUGUUGCUGCGGCACUGAAGGGAAAACAUGGAGAAGGGAAUUGACGAAGUGCUCGACGCGGGUACACGUCUCUUGGCUGAGAUGAAGAGCGGCACGCGUGAGCGCACGAUGCUCUCGUCGGUCAUCAAGGCGCUGAAACGGCGGGUGCAGGAGACGAAGCAGCCGCAACGCGUCCCAGGACAGACGACUCCGUCGAAAACGUCAGGGAACGUACGUGCGCCCGCGCCGGCAACCCCACCUCCGCGAGAUGCGUCCACUGCCCUUCCUUCCGACGCCGGGACGACAACCCCUGCUGCGGAGAAGCCGGCAAAAGGGCAUGACCCGCUACCUGCCCAAGUCAACACAACUCUUCCUUCCACUGUGGCGGCGACGGCGACGGCCAAUACACCGGAGAAGACGCGUGCCAUGUCGGCAUCCCCGCUACCCAGCGCAUCCGCGGAGACGUCAUCAAGUACGUCUUACAAUCCCAUCCAGCAGCAUUUGUGUGAUGAAGACGAGAUGAGCAAGCUCGCGUACGCGUGUCGGAUGGCUAUCAUCGGCGAGAACGGGGGCACGAAUCGUAACUCACCGCGGAUGCUGACGGCGUCGCUGGAAUUGGCCGCUGUCGUUUUGACGAGCGGGGUUAUUCCACAGGAGCUGAUCGCACCGGUACCUGUCUUUGCCAUCCCUGAAUCCACCAUGACCGGCGCACAGGUGUUCUUUUCAAAGUUGCUCGGUGGCAAAAAGCAUGUUGCGGCUUCAGGACAAGCCGGGACUUCCCGUGAGGCGGGUAGCGAAGCCCGCUCCACCGUGUCCAGCGCCAGCCCCCAACCCGCCGAGGAGGAUAAGCCGAAAGUAAACAUGCGCGAUCAGCUUGUGGAUGCCGUACUGACCACGGUGGAUGCUGCGCAGGCCAAGGAGUCCAACGACCGGCUUUGUUUUGUGACGAUUGCGUCGCUUAUGGCGUGUGCGGUGCCUCGGCUGAGCCGCUGCACCUGCGCGGAUGUGCAGGCAAACACGCUGCUCUCGCAACAGCUCUCCGUGCACGGUGGGCGACUCGUGCGCGUCUUUCGGCUUCUUCUUGCGUGGUGCAGCCGCCCCCAAGGCCUAUCGUCCAUCUUUGUCGAUGAAGCACAGAAGGCGGUUCACGGCAUUACUCGCGCGCUGUCGAAAUACGUGGAGUUCGAGGCAAAUGAUCAAAGCGGCGCCGGCAGAGAGAAGGCGAGGAGCAAGCAGCCGAACAACCUUCCGCAGGACCCCUCGCAACCCAAGCAACGGCAAGAGCAGCAAACGCAAGAUCUAUCGACGGCUUCCAGCUCUGCCCCCACUUCCGUCGCUGCCACCCCUCUCACGUCACUGUCCGCAGCAGCUGCCCGCACAGGGCGAGACGGCGUGAACGGCUUUGCGGAUUCGUUGGCGUCGCACAACAGGGUCGACACGGCCGCGUCUCUGUCGGCAAAUGCCUCCUUUCUGGCCACCACCGCCACGUCCCCACUGAUGGAGGUGCAGCGCUUCAUGAGUCUGGACGAGACGAGCACCAUUACGGUUCCGCCGUUGGCAGCACCGCGAGUGCUGCGUGGGGUGCGGGAUAUGCGACUGCUGCUGGCGUUGUGCGGAAACGUGGCGCGCCUCACGCCCCUCCCGGGCAUCACGUCCACGUCUGGCGGUGGCGUUGCUGCUGCUGCGGUGGCGGACACGAGUAGCAGCGACGGUGCGUUGAGUGGGGUGAAUGCGGUACGGUCCGGCGGGGCCCACCGCGACGCAGCAGCCAGUGCCAAGACGAGUGGUGCCGUGGGGCUGGCCGGCAAGGUCGGUGCUGAGGACGACGCCGACGGCGCAGCCUUGACGGCGAGCUUCCCGGCGCAGUACAUGAACACAAACACGCUAGCGACGUCGCUCAGCUUCAUCCUGUAUGUCGUGGUGAACGGUGGGCCGCGGUUUCGCAAGAGCACGGAAAUUGUCCCGCUGCUGCGGCAGCUCGUCGUCCCUGCGGCGGUGCGCACCUCCGUCUCGGAUGACUUGGAUGUCUUCCGACUCUCCGUCAAUCUCCUCCUGCUAUGCUGUUUGCGCUUCGGUCCGCAGAUGGUGAACGAAACCAGCACCGUCUUCCGCCACGUGUACUUCCGCGUGCUGGAAUCUUCAUUUACCGCGCUUGAGCACAAGAUGCUCGUCUUGGACGCCUUCAACUCCUACAUUGAGGAGCCGCAACUGCUUUUGGGUCUCUUCCUCAACUACGACUGCAACACGCACUCGCAGAGCAUCUACGAAAUGAUGAUCCAUUACCUCGGCGCGCUGGCCAUGCCGCCCGCGCAGAACAUCUUCAACGUCAACCUCGCCGCGGAGCUGAAACGGGUGCUCACGGUACGACUGGAGUACGACGUGCCGGAGUCGCUGCGUCGCAAGGCGCUCGUUAGUCUCCUGCAGGUCUCCGACUCGAAUAUUCAGUGGAUUGAGCGCUUUGAGUGCGAUCAGGAGGAGGACAGCCACGGCUCCGCAGCGUCGUCCACAACCACUAUCACCGCGCACGCCCACCCUGGCGCCCUUGAGGCCACGCUGACGGACAUCACCGACGGCCACGGCGCCCGCGACGGCGGCGAGGACGGACUGCGACGCAGCGACGCAUCACAGCAGGUGGUCGGGCCAGACGGGGGAGCUGGUGGCGGCCCUGGCGCUAACACGGAAACUUUUUUGCAGGUGCGCCGCUACAAGGAUGCCUUUCGCAAGUUCCUCUACCUUUUCAACGAGAAAGCGACUCCCGAUGCGGCCAUAGGGUACUUGAAGAGCUCCGUGUUGAUGUUGGAUGAUACGGAGCUCGCCGCGCCCGCAGCGAUGGUGACGCCCACCCCCGCCACCCCAGAGCUGCAGGCGACGAGCGACGAGGCGGAGAAUACUGCGCAAGUGGAGGCGGAGGUCGUGGCCGCCGCCGCUGCAAGGCUCGAAGAUGAAAAUGCGUCGCGGGAGACGACAGGGGAUGCGAGGUCGGAGGCGAGAACAGAUGAGAUGCAGUCCAAUGCAGGGGAGAACGGUGCGGUGCCGCCAACGGUGGCAGAAGAGCCCACUGCCGCGACAGACCCGCCCGUGUCGACAAACGCACCUGCGGCGGCGGAGAAUGGUGCCGCGACUACAACAGCCACCGCGGCCGCCGCGCCUGUCGUCAGCGACGUGGAUGACGCGAUGCGUCUGCCGGCAAGGCGGGUCGCCGUGUUCCUGAAGCGAAACGAAGACUACAUAGACAAAAUGAUUUUGGGCGACUACUUUUCCAAGAGCUUCCUCAAACCCCCGACGCGCGUGGUUUUUGAGGAGUGGAUUGCGCAACACGACUUCACCGACAUGACCCUUGACGCGGCUCUGCGUCUCUUCCUCGGCGGGUUUAAGCUGCUUGGCGAGGCGCAGGUGGUGGAUCGGACCAUGGAGCUCUUCGCGGCGCAGUUCUGCCGCCAGAACCACGGCGUCUUCGGGUCCGCCGACACCGCCUUCAUUCUGUCGUUUUCGAUAUGCAUGCUCAACACCGAUGCACACAGCCCGCACAUCAAAAACAAAAUGACGAAGGAGGGAUUCCUGCAGAACAACAAAGGCAUCGACGAGGGCAACGACGUCGACCCCGCCAUCCUCGGCGGCAUCUACGACCGCAUCAGCGCGGAUGAGAUCGUGCUGCGACCUUCGCCCAAAUGCUUCACGCAGCUGUCGUCGAAGAAGCCAUCGGACAGCGGGAAGCGCGGCGACAUCAAGGUAACGACAAGCCUCCUAGACUCCAUUCCACUGCUGCGGCACCUCGCUCCGAUUGCCACCGCCAUCACGGACAAGGUGCUGCUGCCGAUAGAUGCGGCAGGCUACGGACUUUUCAACUCGUCGCAGCGCAAGCGCGAAGAAAUGUACCAGCGCGAGCUGCGCACGACGCUCAAGGCGGUCAUGGAUGCGCUGCAGGAGGCGUCGACCAACGACGCGGUACAUCACGCGAUGUUCGUCACCGCGACGAGCAUCGAAAAUGCACUGCCGAUGUGGGAGGUGACGGUGGACGUGGUGUGCCACGUUGUGCUACUGUCACUGCAACAGCUGCUCGAGGACUCCGAGAAGUACGUGCGGCCGCAGGCCUUUUCGUCGCCGAACACCAGCAGUGAAAAGGCCCCCGGCUCAGAGUACGACGCCGUCGCCGCCUUCAUGGAAGACACCAAGAGCGCCAGCUACUUCAGUGCCAUGCUCACAGGUCUACACAACACCGUCCGUGUGUGCUGCUCGUUUGGGAACGUCUCGCACACGGAGCAGCUGCUGGAGCACGCGUUCGAGAUGACGCACCUCAGUUCCGUCGUGGUGGUGUCUGCGCUGCCGAGUGCACGGGUCACGGUGCAGAGCACGUUGCCCUUCACACGCCUGAAUCUUCUUUCGACAUUUCUGAACCUGUUUGUGUACUGCGGGGUUUCCUUCAACGCGCGAGGGUGGCAGGCCGCGUACAAGGCGAUGUCCCUGGUGGACGCUCUCGCGAAUGGCGUGGAGGGGAUGUGGCGGCGGCAGGCGCGGCGCCUGCACGGGUCUGCGCUUGCGUCGCGCGAGACGGGUCUCAUCGCCCCAGCAAGGCCUACGGAGCCGGUAACCUCGCCGUCCCCUCCUCCACCCGGCAAGGCGACGGCGCCGAACAACAACAACGGCUCUCCCAUUUCCGUAGCCCCCAAAGAACGCCAGUACGCAGACCUGUGGUUCGGCGCCCUGAAUGACGUCCCGUCCUCCAUCGUCGAUCGCGCCUCGCGAGAGAACCGCAAGAGCAUCCUGUCCGGCCUGCGCGCCACCUCCACGAGUCACGUCGACCUGUGGCUCGACCACCUCUUCGACGCCACGCAGUACCCGUCGCGGGUGCAGCUGGAGAUGACGAACGGCUUGGUGAAAGUGUGCGAGAUGGAGCUGCAGUACGGCCGCACCUUUUCCCUCACGCGACUGUUUGACUUUGUGGGCAUUUGCGCCUCCUUUUCGAGCCGAUUGCAGUGGCGCGAGCUGUGGACGCAUGCGAGCGAGGUGUUCACCUUGGCAGGUUGCGGCAGCAGCACAGAGAUCGCCCUCUCCUCCUUGGACGGUCUGCGCCUCAUCGCACUCACGUAUUUGAUGCGCGAGGAGCUGCUCAACUAUUCCUUCCAGAAGGAGGUGCUGAAGCCUUUCGAGUCGAUCUUGAUGUCGAACCAGAACGUGAGCUGCCGGCAGAAAGUGAUGAUGAUCUUGUCGGAGUUGAUCGACUUCCGCGCGGCGCAUCUAGCGAGUGGGUGGAAUGUUGUCUUCUCGUGUCUGAGCCACGCCGCCGCCAUCCCAGACGUCGCGCCGGAAGCGUGGGCAAUCUGCGAGGGCAUCAUGGCCAAACACAUUGCCCACCUCAAGGACUGCUUCAGCGACUUAAUUUUCUGCCUCACCACCUUCGCCUGCUCCGGCGUGGACGAAAGCAUGCCGCUGCGGGCCAUCUCGUACCUUAUUGUGUGUGGGCAUUGGCUGCAGUACGGUCUCGAGGCCCCGCCGUCCGACGUUCGGGCGGCCGACACGGUGGCGCGGUGGGCGGUGCGUUUCCACACCGUCGAGCAGGAGCUCGCUGCGGCGCGCAUGCUUGGCAAACACCUCCCCCGCGUCACACUCGCCGCAGAACCCCUAACCUACGACGCACCGCUGCAGAAGCCGACCACCUUCACCACCAAGACGAACUACCACCUGUGGAUGUCUCUCUUUGAAGGAAUGGUGCCAAUCGUUGUCGUGCACAGCUCUGUGCGGGUGCGUGCGCAUGCCCUGUCGUCCAUCUGGGCAUUGCUGGCACAGUACGCCGGGCUCUUCGACGACGAGGUGCAGAGCUCGCUCUUCAGCGGCAUGGUGCGGCCGAUGCUCACGACGCUCUUCACCCACGUGCCGGAGGGCGUCGAUGUGACGUCGCCGCCGAUGGCCGGCAACUCCGAGUUCGACCGCUUCGACUACCGCCUCCUCGUGUACUUUGCCUUGAAAGGGAUGCUGCUUGCCUGCAAGCACCACACCCAUCUUCUCACACUCGCCUGCAAGGCGUUGGUCGAGCUGGUUGAGACGACGAAGAUAUCCUUGCAGAUGAUGCGCAACGAUUACGUGGACGAGGUGCUGCGCGUUUGCUUCGACUUGGUCUGGGCCGCGCCGUCCCUCGUGACCAUCGAUGCUCUGGAGCAGCUGGCGCCGCUGCCAGCCCCCUCCGCUGGCGAAGCGCAAAACUACGCGGAGCGCCUGUACCAGUUGAUCCCGACCGAGGCGCGCCACAACAACCCUUUCCUGGUCGGCCUCGUGCACGAGCUCCAGCAGGCCGGCGUGGUGGACGUGGUGCACUUCAAACGGACGGCGGGGUGGACGGAGCUGCACCAGACGCCGGCCGCGCAGAACCUGCCGGUGCAGGUGGACCUCUCAGCCACCUCGGUGGAGGCGGCGAGCGCGAUGGUGGUGCAGCUCCGCUCGACCAUAUACGACUGCCUCACGCGCGGGUUGAUGGGGCAGCUGCACCAACUCCUCAGCGUCUACGAAAGCGACCGCGCGGUGUGCCUGGCGGUGACCGGCGCGCUGCGCCACGUGCUUCUCGGCGUCAGCUUCUACUUUGUCGUCACGCGCGACGCACGGGCGGUGGGGCUUUUGAAGUCUGUCAUGUCCACCGCACACGACCACGUCGCGAAGGAGACCCACGAAGUCGAGCUGAUGAAGAUCGACGCGGCCGUUGGAGGCGCCAGUGCAGCAGACGUCACCGCUGUUUCCCCCGCCUCCCCCGCCUCUCCCGCCUCUUCCCCUCCCUCACCCUCUGGCUUCGUUAGUUCUCCCUCUCGUGUUUUCUUCAAGGCUUCGAAUGGCUCUGCGAUAGAGACGCUGCUGCUCAUUCCGUAUGCGUGCGUGCUGCUCGAAUUCAUUGCCUCCUUUGAUUUGGGCGAGCUGGACACCAACGUGGUGUGCGGUGACCUCGACGUCUACAUGAAGCGCUGCCUUGACGAGAUGAGGCACGCGAGGCAACUGUGCGUGGAGCUGCAGCUUAGUGCUGAGAACGGCAUCGGCGGAACUUCAAGCGCGUGCGCAGACGCAGCAGCAACGACAACACAAACCGAAUCACCGUCGUCGCCACCAGUAUCACCACCGCCACCGCAGUCACCGACUUCGCGCGAGAAACGAGACGGCGUCGUGACGCGCGACGUCACUGCGGCUGCCUCGGCCGCCGCCAACCCCCGCGACGCGUUCACGGUGUACGAAGGCCUGCACUUUUGUGACGUGUUUCGCUGCGCCUGCUACCCCAUCGCGUCUCGCCUGCUCUACUUGACCCCGCAGACGCCCGUCGUGGUGCAGCACCGCAUUUUCGCGGAGUGGUGUUAUGUACUGCACACCUACGCCCUCAAGUGCAUUGCGAUCCUGGGAAACCGCUCCGUUUUGCUGCGGGCGUGCUCGACCCGUGCGCUGGUAGAUUUGCUGUGUAGCAUCCCUAGCGCACUGGAGGAAGGGGCCACCAGCGUGUUUCUCAACAGCUGCUGGGAGGAGAUGGAUCUGCACUGCAGCAUGCCGUCGAGUUCGUGUGUGGAGCUGUGCACGAGCGUUAUUCUUUCGCGCCUGUAG